AUGGAAUCUUCCGGAAAGGAAGACGGUUCUAGUGAUACAAAUCACAGUAAAGGUCAGACGACAUUGACAAGUGUGUAUGUUGACUCAAAUACAGAUAGUAAAGAGUUUACAGAUGACGAAAGCGGGAGAGAUGUAUCGGAGCAUGAGGGUGCAGAAUUGCAGAACGAUAUAUAUACGGAACGACCGAUAUCAAUAAAGGAUUAUGCAUAUACGGAAGAGAAUCCAAUGCAUUAUGGGAUAUACGAUGAUAAUGAUGAGCAGGACGAGGAUUCAGUCGAAUAUUCGGAUUAUGAGGGUGAAAUCGAUGGAGAGGAGAGCGAGAAUGGAAAUGAUGGAACCGUGUUUACAUUGAGAAAAGACGACGGAGAAAAUAGACUUGAUGUUUCCACUGAGAUUGAACACGGGAAGAAGGUGCAGUUGUCAACUUCAGCAGAUCACAAACAGAGGACGGAGGACAUACUCAGAGGAGGAAAAACGCAAAAUACAUCAACAUUACCGAACAAUGAUGAGGGGAGUACUCGUGAAUCAGAGCAGCUCGAACCAAUAAUACAGGCCGUGGCAUUGUAUCCGUUCGAGGCAGAAAACGAAAAUGAGCUGGGUCUCGUACCAGAUCAACUUAUUAUGAUCAAUUAUGAGUAUGGUGAUGGUUGGCUUGUAGCAUAUGAUCCGGAGUCCGGCAGGACGGGUCUAAUCCCAUCUGCCUAUGUGCAAAUUAUAGGCGAUGAAGAACCGGAAACUUCCCAAGAAGUAUCUGGCGAGAAGAAAACCGCACAAUCACAAAUGUUAGAAGAAUCGCUCGAUAAUGAGAAGGAAAUUGGAGAGGAGAACGGGAAGGACAACGGGAAGGAACAAGAAGGGAAUACGAAGAUGAACGAGAAGAAAGUAAAAGAGAAGAUGAAGAAAGAUGAGGAAAAAGAAGAUGACGAGAGUGAAAAGAAUACCAUUUUGAGCAAAAGUGUAACGGAAGAUGCAGUGGUGAAGGGAGUAGAUCACCUGAUUAUCAGCUAA